AUGUUGAACGGUUGGUUAACAAGUUUACAAUGUUGUGUGGUAAUACUUGCAAUAGUAAAUCUUUCGGGAUUAUUUCGUCAUACAAAGGCUACAUUAUCAUUAGCAAAAGAAGAUCAGGAUCAGGCUGGUUAUCGUUAUGGACGAUAUUGUACAUGGAACAAUUAUGAUCCAAGUAUUUUAAAUUUCAAAGAACGUGAUAUACCAAUCGCUUUAGUAUUUGCUAUUGAUCAUAAUUUAACACCGAUAAAGUUAAAACAAGUAUUGGAUACAUAUCAUGCUGUAGCUUGCUUAUUACCAAAUGAUUCAAAUUAUUUAUAUGCUGUCGUUUUACAUCUACCGAAAUAUCCGAAAUUAUAUUUUGGGAAACUUUUGAAUACCGAUAAAUUGCAUCAAAGUUUUGAGGAUGCUGGUCAAGCAACUAAAGGCCAUAAACAACAACGUUGGCUUAUUAAUAAAAUAAUUUUAAAUGCAACAAACUUAAUCCAUUCCAAAUAUCAAUUGGAACGAAAGAAUAAUAUCGCCGAACAAUUAAAUGAUAGUAAAAAUCGAAGUAUUUUUGAUGGAACUCGUUUGUUACUAUCCAAUUUAAUUAAUCAAUCACAAAAUGAAUUUGUCAACAAAAAGAUAAUUAAAAAAUCGCUAAUCGAAUUUUUACGCGAAAUACUAUUUGAAUCAAUUAUCGCUGAUGCGAUAUUUAGUACGGAUUUAACAGAUAAUUGGAUCAAAUAUGAUUUUGUAGAUUUUAAAAAGCGCUCACAACCAUCGGUAAUAGCAUUCGAAGGCUGGACAUGGUUGCUUAAUCUUUUACGCGUAGUGUUUUUUCUUGUUGGCGCAUUUGUUGUGAUAAUAACAACAUGCGCAUUAUGCGGUUUUACCUGUGUUUUAUCAUCAAUUGUACGUGAUGAUUAUUAUCGAAGGCGGCAAGCACGAGAGCGAGAACAAGAAUUGCGCAUUUUGCAAGAGCGUCUUCAUGAUGUUGGAAUUAAUGUUCAUUUAAAUCCAUUCAAUGAUCAGCCUGAAUUGGAGAGAGAAAUUAAUAAUGAAAUAAAUACAGCUAUCGAACAGUUAAGUGUGAUAUCAGAACCUGAUUUUACUCAAUCAAGUACCACAUCAUCAGAUAGCGAAGGAAUUCCAUCGAUAGUAUCAUCUUCAUGGCCACAAGAACAAGUAAUUUAA